AUGGAGUCUUCUUCUGGACCCUCCGGAGAGCGCGAGUUGGAAUCACUGGGCGUGCGCCUUAUGGCCCAGGACUCCCUGGAGAAAGAGGUUGCCGAGGAUGCCAAUAAAAUGAUAAUGGAGCGGGAGAUCGAGCUGGAUCAGAAACGACUGGAGAAGGCAAAAGAGAAGCAAAGCAAGCUGCAGGGGCGCUUGCGAGGCAUGGAGCUCAAAAUUAGCAACUCCGGAACACGAAUAUCGGAAAAGCAGCGUCUAAGAGCAGACAUUGAUCGUCUAAAGCGGGAGGAGUUGCAGCCAUUGCAGGUCGAUAUACAGGAAAUCGAAGCUAGGCUACGUGAUAAUCAAAAUUCGACAAAUAAAUUGCAAGCUGAAAGCGGAUCCGAAAUGCUUCCAGGAGAGACCCAGCAGGAAUACUUGGUGAGGACAGGAAAAGUGACAGCAUUUGGAACCUCCAAUGGGUUUAUUGAAGAGGAAGACACAGGCGUGAAAAAUCACCAGGAUCUGAUUAUUCCAGGGAUUGAACUGGCUGAUGAGGACGAGGACGACGAAGAUGCAUUGGUGCGAAAGAGAAAAAUGGAUGAAAAUCUGGACGAUGGUGAUGAGCGCAUGUAUAGAGACAGACUGAGACGUUGGACUGAGCGUCGAGCGUCGCUAAGAGCAGAAUUACGGCCAGACUAUACAGACGAUCCACAGGUACCAGAGUGGCAAAAACCACACCCCAACAAUGCCGAUGCCAUCCUCAACGACGAGUUCAGAGUUCCUGGUGACAUAUAUCCGUCUCUUUUUGAUUACCAGAGAACGGGAGUCCAAUGGCUCUGGGAGCUGUAUUCGCACAAAACAGGAGGAAUAAUAGGUGACGAAAUGGGUUUGGGUAAAACCGUGCAGGUCAUUUCUUUUCUUGCUGGUCUUCACUACAGUGGUAAGCUCACGAAGCCGGUUCUCGUUGUGUGUCCAGCCACUGUUCUGAGUCAAUGGUGUAAAGAGUUCCACAGAUGGUGGCCAGCGCUGAGGGUCGUCAUUCUACACUCUAUUGGUACGGGAAUGACCGGAAAACGUGUCGAGGACUCUGACGACGACGAAGAGGAUGCCGAUCUCAGCAGUCUGCCUUCGGACGGACGUGCCAAGGAGUUGGUUGACUCCGUCAUUAAUAACGGUCAUGUGAUCAUCACCACGUAUGUCGGGGUGCGGAUAUACUCCAGGUACUUAUUGCCUGUGAGAUGGAAUUACGUUGUCUUGGACGAGGGACACAAGAUCCGGAAUCCAGACAGCCACGUCACUCUGGCCUGCAAGCAGCUCAAGACACCCAACCGGAUCAUUUUAUCGGGCACACCUAUACAAAACAAUUUGGUCGAGCUAUGGAGUUUAUUUGACUUUGUAUUCCCUGGGCGGCUGGGCACACUGCCUGUUUUCCAGAAACAAUUCUGUGUUCCAAUCAAUAUCGGUGGCUACGCCAAUGCGACAAAUGUUCAAGUUCAAACAGGCUAUAAGUGUGCUGUUAUUUUGCGCGACCUGAUUUCUCCUUAUCUACUAAGACGGGUCAAGGCAGAUGUUGCAAAGGAUUUGCCCAAAAAAUCGGAGAUGGUUCUAUUUUGCAAGCUGACAGACGUGCAGCGCAAACUCUAUGAGGACUUUCUGAACUCAGAGGACAUCAACAAGAUCUUGAGAGGCAAGAGGAAUGCCCUCUUUGGAAUAGACGUGUUACGGAAAAUUUGCAACCAUCCGGAUUUAGUGGACCUGAAACUGCGCAAAAAACAUCAACGAACGGCCGAGCAGUUGGAGGCUCGCGCAGGAAAAUUACAGGUUGUCCAUGCUUUGCUUGAUGUGUGGUUUUCGGAAGGCCGUAAAACACUUAUUUUCACCCAGACGCGGCAAAUGCUUGACAUUUUGCAGGAUUUCAUGGAAGCUCUCAAUUAUGAGACGGAAUCUAAAUUUUCCUUCAUGCGAAUGGACGGAACGACGCCGAUCUCACAGAGACAGUCGAUGGUUGACCAGUUCAACACGAAUCCCAUGUACAAUGUGUUCUUACUCACCACCAGAGUCGGCGGUCUUGGUGUCAAUUUGACAGGGGCCAGCAGGGUUAUCAUAUACGAUCCCGACUGGAACCCGUCUACGGACGUCCAGGCCAGGGAGCGUGCUUGGAGAUUGGGACAGAAGAAGGAUGUGGUAAUAUAUCGCUUGAUGAUGGCGGGCUCUAUAGAGGAGAAGAUUUAUCACCGCCAAAUUUUCAAGCAGCUACUGACCAACAAGAUUUUGAAGGACCCAAAGCAGAAACGGUUUUUCAAAAUGAACGAUUUGCAUGAGCUAUUUACGCUCGCCGAGGGCGAAACGAAGUUCAACAACUCGCGCAGCACGAAAAAGAACGACGACGACUUUUUACAAGUGUCGAAACUAAAAGGUGUUUCUGGGUUGCAGAAGUACGAAGAUGGCGAAGACGAAGAAGGACACACGGAGGACAAAGAUAUUAUGGCGGGUCUGAUAGGAAACAAUGCUUUGCAGUCUGCUUUAGAGCACGAGAGUGUUUUGAAUCCUUCGUCAUCGUACAGUUUAAUUGAUAACGAGGCAUCGAGAAUUGCCAAUGAAGCCGUCAAGGCUUUACGGGAAUCGAGAAAACUGGCGCGUCAGACUCGAAUCAACGUUCCAACCUGGACAGGAAAGUUUGGCGAGGCCGGCAGAAACGUCGGGCGUCCGCGCAAGCCUGGCCUAAGCGGCGCUUCCACGCCAACUGGGAGGUCACAAUCGCCUAUGGUGUCUUCUAGCUCGAUUUUGGAUAAUAUCAAAAAACGCAAAGAGUCGUCGCCGAAACCAAAGAUUGAAGAUACCGAUCUUAUUGCCAGAUUGAGCAACUACAUGGCUGGCCUAAAUGAUUAUUUCAGCACCUCUGCUGCAGUUCUUGACGAGCUGAAGAUUGACGUCUCAAACGAAAAAACAGUCAAGGUUGUGCGAUCGAUGCUCAAAUCAAUAUGUAAAUGGGACAAGGAACGGAAAGGCUGGGUAUUGAACGAGGAAUUUAGAUAG